AUGAAUACUUUAUCUUCAUUGGUAUUUAUUAUUUUAAUAGGACUUCUUUUCAUAUCUAAAUCAUAUGAAUUGAAUGAUCAAGUUCUAGCUGAUAAUUCAUUAAUCGUAAAAGAUAUUUCAAUUGGAGUUAUUUUAAAUGAUGAAGUAGAUAACCAUAUUAUAGAAAAAAGACAAAAACGCCGUAAAUUCAGGAAAAAUAAAAAAAAUAAUAGAAAAAAAAAUAAAAAACAAUCUAAUGUUUCUGUAAAAAACUUACUUGCUUUAAUAACUGAAUUAAAACAAAAAUUAAAUUCGGUCCAACCACAAAUCUCACAUUAG